AUUUUCUCAGUUGUAAACAGCGAGUCGCGUCUCGUAGCAGCUCGUUCCUGAACGAGCUGCAGGAAUUUAUUUAAAAGGCUAUAACGCUAAAAUCAUUUCUUUUCUCUGUUCUUGUGAUCGGAAAUACUGUUCCAAAACGCAUAUUUAUUUUAAACGUCCCGCAACAAACUUCUUCUUUGUGACCAGUGGUUUUUAAAAAACAAAACGCCGAGCGAGCCGCGCGCAAUCCUUUCUUUUGUUUGUCUCUUAGAUCGGAUUGUUGAUUUUGCGAUUGAAUGUGGUCUGUAUUUUUGGCCGUAGAAUAAAAGAAACAAUAAAAAUCGUCUGCCGCAUUUAGAAAUUGGUCUGGCAACACUCAUCGCGGCGAGAGGCGCAACUGCUAGUGGAAUAAAAGGAAGAAGUAAAAAAAAAAAAAAAAAGUGGCGGCUUUUCCCCAUGAAAGGAUAACUGUUGUUCGCCCAAAACAAAGUGCCGUUUAUUAUUGAAAAGUCCCUCUCAAGAGGAGGUAGCUCUCGAGUGGCCCUCACAUCGGCAAUAUGGCGGAGGACUUGCUGAGGAUCGCCUUACAGAAGAAAACAGACGAACUUCGUCAGCGCGACUCUCUUAUUGAGAGGUUAAGAAUGGAACUAGACUCGAAAAAUAAAUUGAUUGUGAAACUCAAGUUGGAGCUCGAGAAGUUCAGUGUGGCAAUGAAGCCACUGCUCGAACAGAUGUCCCGCCAAUACCUCUGGAGUUCCGGGGAUGAGGAGGAUAGCUCACCCCUCACCAGCAGUACCAGCAGCAGCAGUGAGUCCGAGAAAGAAGAUGCACGUUGUAAUGGGGACAAGAGGUCCACCUCUGCGGACAACACGCGAUGCAAGAGGAUUGCCAUCUCCGCGGAGCCCGCCUGUGUUGAAAGGAUACGGAACUUGAGCCUCAGGAAGGUCCCGAAGACAGAGAAAUCAAAAGAGCUGAUACAGAAAGCUAUCUUAGACAAUGACUUUAUGAAAAAUUUAGAAACUAUUCAAAUUAAAGAAAUCACAGACUGUAUGUGUCCUGUAGAAUAUGCCAAAGACAGCUUAAUCAUCAAAGAAGGGGACUAUGGAUCUGUUGUGUACGUCAUGGAAGAGGGAAAAGUGGAAGUUUCGAAAGAGGGAAAGUUCUUGUGCAAUAUGGGUCCGGGAAAAGUUUUUGGAGAAUUAGCAAUACUUUAUAAUUGCACGAGGACUGCUACAGUGAAAGCUGUAAUGGACUGUAAGCUGUGGGCGAUAGAGCGACAAUGUUUCCAAACAAUUAUGAUGCGGACGGGAUUAGUCCGUCAAGCUGAAUACACCAAUUUCUUAAAAAGUGUGCCAACUUUCAGAAAUCUUUCAGAAGAUGUCCUAAUUAAAAUAGCUGACGUUCUAGAAGAGGCAGUAUACAACGAAGGGGAUUAUAUUGUCCGUCAAGGAGCUAGAGGAGAUACAUUUUUCAUCAUUAGUAAAGGAAAGGUAAAAGUGACUAUGAGAUCGACUGAAAUCGACGAAGAAAAAUUCAUUCGAUACCUCCAAAGGGGCGAUUUCUUUGGAGAAAAGGCUCUUCAAGGGGAAGACGUAAGGACUGCAAACAUAAUUGCCGAUGAUCCAGAUGGAGUUACAUGCUUAGUCAUUGAUAGAGACUAUUUCAACAGACUGAUUAGUAACAUUAAUGAAAUUAGAGAAAAGAAUUAUGAUGAAAUACAACCUGUAAAGAGGAAAAUUGAUGAUGAUAUAUUAAAAUUAAAGCUAUCGGAUUUACGAAUUGUGACUACUCUUGGUGUUGGUGGCUUCGGACGUGUGGAAUUGGUUCAAGUCGCCAACGAUCCCACAAAGGCCUUUGCUUUGAAAAUAAUGAAAAAGGCCCAGAUAGUAGAAACAAGACAACAGCAACAUAUUAUGUCCGAAAAAAAUAUUAUGGAAGAAGUUGACUGUGACUUUAUUGUUAAGUUGUAUCGCACGUUUAAGGACAAGAAAUAUCUGUAUAUGUUGAUGGAAAGCUGUUUGGGUGGUGAAUUGUGGACGAUUCUUCGUGACAGGGGAAAUUUUGACGACAACACUACACGUUUCUACACUGCUUGUGUUGUUGAGGCCUUUGCUUAUUUGCACGCUAGGAAUAUAAUCUAUAGGGAUUUAAAGCCUGAAAAUAUGAUUCUGGACACGCAAGGAUAUGUAAAACUUGUAGAUUUUGGUUUUGCCAAGAAGCUUCAAAACGGUCGUAAGACUUGGACGUUUUGCGGUACUCCAGAAUACGUAGCUCCAGAAAUUAUAUUAAAUAGAGGCCACGAUAUUUCAGCAGAUUAUUGGUCUCUGGGAGUUUUAAUGUUCGAGUUACUCACUGGAACGCCACCUUUCACUGGGCCAGAUCCAAUGAAAACGUACAACAUUAUUCUCAAGGGCAUCGACGCCAUUGAAUUUCCUAGAAUUAUUUCAAGAAACGCGCAAGCACUAAUAAAGAGGCUCUGCAGGGAUAACCCUGCAGAAAGAAUUGGCUACCAAAAGGGUGGAAUUCAAGAAUUACAAAAACACAAGUGGUUCGAUGGCUUUUAUUAUGAUGGACUUCGAACACGCACAUUAGUACCUCCCAUUAUUCCUCAAGUCCGUAGUCCUAUUGAUUAUUCUAACUUCGACCGAUACCCUCCCGACGAAGACCCUCUACCUCCAGAUGAUCUAUCAGGAUGGGAUCAAGAUUUUUGAGUGUGCUAAUCAUUUAGGGAUUAUCUUUUUCAAAUUACCAAUUCCAUUUUCUUUGACUCAACCUGCUCGAGGUUGAAACCCAGAAUGUAUUUUUUCAUAGAGCUAGUUUUACUUUCAUGGCAGAACUUUGGAAUCUGUGUGAUGCAAUUCAUUUGAACAUUAUUUUACCAAACUGUAAUUUCAAGAAACCUUCCACCUUUGCAUUAUUUUCUAUAAUGCAAAGAUUUUGAAACAAUUAUUUUUUUUAUUCACAAAUAUAUAGUUUUUUUUUUUUUGCAUAAAUUGCUAAAAAUUAAUAUGAUUUUAAAAUCUUUGUCCACAUUUGAAUUAUGGGCAUUAUUAUCUGCAAAUUAAUUAUUCAGAGUAGGACAGAUUAAUAGGAUGUUUUUGAAAUAAUGACAAAAUCUUGAUAAAAAAAUAUUCUGAUAAAUGUGAUUACAUAGAAUUUCAUGAUGCCCAGUAACGAAAAAUCACAUCUUGCGAAUAAUAUUCAUUUUUGCUUUUGCAUUGAAUUUCUGGAAAAUAUCGCCAUCGUUGCUGUAUUUCUUUCCAUAUUUUCCUAUGUACGUACCUUAUGUGGAUUAAUAGGCAAUUUCGUUUUCAUUUAUGAAUGUUUUGUACGAAACUUAUGAGCGUGUUAAAUUAGGGAACAGUGUUAGUUUGAUUAAUUGUUAAUCAAAGCAUAUUAAUCGGUAUUCCACUUCUCACAAAACAAUCGUAAGCAAAAUUGCAUUAUUAGAACUUCCGCUACUGCAUGAUGCCAACUGAAAUUCUAAUGCUAUAAUUAAACAGAAUAUCCCCACUUUGUACCCGGCCAUCUCUUAAAGAUCGAGCAUACACUGUUUCAAAGUCAUCCUAUUUAUCUGUCACAUAUUGUAAAAUGGAGAUUGUAAUAAUUUUAUUUACAUAUCACUUUAGUUUGAAAGCUAUAAAGAUGCAUAAAUAAUACAGAAGUCAUAAGAAAAGAAAUUUAAUUCUCGUUUUGAAGGAAUUAUUGAUGAAUUAAGAUCAUAGGAAGUCACAUUUCUCGCACAAUAUUAAAGUAAAACUGAUUGUUAAUAUUGUUGAGAGAAUUGUAGUCUACUUCUGAAGAAGGUGCUAAUUUAUAGUUAUUUCAAAGUAAAAUCCGUCCUUUUUGAUAGAGGUUCAUUGGAAAUAUUAAGGAGAUACUUAACUUUUUCUGUCUAUUAUUAUCAUGAUAAUUUAUGCAUAAGCGUUUUUUUUUUUUUUCUUUUAUAAAAGUUUAUUUUUAUGUUUUAAUUUAGCAAAUUAACCAUAUUUAAGACGAAUGAAAAGAUUUUUAAUUUUUGUUAAUGGUAGUUCCAUCAUUUAAAAUAGUGUGUGAUUAAAUUGCAAAUUUAAUUAUUUCUAAAAAAGUAUUAAAAAUUUUAAGAAUGCAUUGAAUUUUAUAUUAUAUUUAAUGCUAAUUUCCAGAAAUGUUAACGUUUGUGAAUAUGUCUAAAAAAAUUUAAUUAUGUUUGAAAUAAGCUGUUUUAACCCUUUCUAGGGCCGUGGGAAGUAUGCUUUCCACCAAAUUUAUCAAUCUUUGUAGAAAAUUAUGUAGGUUGGCAUAAGUUCUGACAAAUUUUUUUAGUAAGUCAGAAACUUAGAUGCUUCAGUUCUUUAUCGGAGACAAAAUGAUGUGUCUUGAUUUGUUACUUAAUUAUUAAUUAACCAAAUUAAUUAAUUAAUCAAAUUAAAUUUAUCUAAUAAGCUAAAUGAAUCCUUUUAUUAUUCUAAUUUCAAGCCUAAAAAUAUUUUACAUGAUAUGACUAGAAAAAAAUGGCCUUUUAAAGGUUUAAAGCAGUUUUUUUAGUUUCUAUUAUUGUUCAUAUUGACUGUUAACUUUUUUAACUAAUUAUAAUGUACUUUUAUGGGUGCAUAAAUGAAAUAUAGCUUCUGUGAGAGCAGUCCAUUAGAAAACCUUAAAAUUAAUUUUUCAUUAGCAGAUGUUUGUGUUUCUGUGUAAGACAAGAAACUAAUAUAUAUUCAUUAGCGAUUUUUUAUGAAAAUUGUAAUUUUUAUCUGAUUUUCUAAGAAAUAUUUGCAAUUUCUAUUACAUUGAAAUAUUUUCCAAUCAACUCCAUAUCUUUGUUAUGAAAAGAAAUAUUGACAUAUUUUCAUUUUGUAAUAAGUUUUUAAAACCAUUUCAGGAUUCUUCCAUAUCUAAUUUAGAUUCAAUUAUUUUCAUCAUAUUUUAGAUUCAAUAAUUUUCAACAUAUUGAAUUUAGAUUGUUUCAUGCAAUUUUGUUUUCACUGCCAAAUUUUAUAUUACAUAUUUAUG